CACCUGGUGGAGUGUCCGUGGCGUGCUCAAGCGCCUGCCGGCAAUCAGGGGAGACACAAGAAUGGUACUGUUUGGGGUUCUAGCUAUCUUAAGUAAGUCUAGAAAGCCUGUAAUUGUGCAUACGAGGAAGCACAGAGCAGGGAAGUUAGCCUAAAGUGCCAUGUAUGCAGAUGGCAGAGUGCGGGGGGACUAUGGCCGCUGGAUACGAGAUCAGCUUCCGGUUCCGACAGAAGUGGGCUCACGUCCUCCCAUCCUCACGACUUCCUAUCUCACAUCCAGACACGAUCAGACCAGCCCACAUCAGCUACUCCAACAAUGGUGGUACUACAGAGGUAUCUGAUUUGCUUGGUGCUAUUGCUCGGCUUUACAAAUGCGAACCAACCCGUACCCGUACCCGAGCACUACAUCAUCACCAAAGGCACCACUCACCAUCAAAGACUCCAGAUCUGGCGUGACUUUUUGGAAGCACAUCGAUCAUUACAUUGUUCGGAACUUAGUCCUAACAAUCUACAAACAGUCUGUGGUGGUGCGCGGGAGGUCUCACUUGAAGAAUUGUUGCUUGCAGAUGAUCUGAGGCGAGAAAGAAUACGGCUCCGUGAUGCUUCAAAAGACCUGCGAUCAGGGGGGUCCACUCUCUUCUUCGACUUCCACAACACCUGCUGCACAAGCAUCACUAGCUCAAUCUCGCUCCUCACUUCUCAUCUCUUAAGUCUUUUAACAUGGUCAAGGUUGCAAAUGAGCGCAAGACUGCCGUACUUCGAUGCUCGUUAAAGGACACUGCGGGUACCAGAACGCACCGUCAGGUAUUAUGAGUGGGGUAUCAAUUGAAGCUGUGAGGAGAAGCCCUCGCAAAAUUUGAGCCGUUUCUUAUAUAUUACAUCGUAUCCGCCGUUCAUUUUUCCCUGCUUUUCAUAUCCGAUACUGUCUGUCUGGCCUGCCUACGUAGUGCUCUUCAUGUCCUCAGGCGCCGCCGGUACUGAGACUAAAGAUGGCAAGCCAACUGGGUACGAUUGUCUCGGGUACCCAAUUGAGACCGAAGAAGCGCAUAGUGAGACCUCCGUGAUUCUGAUAUCUGGAAAAAGCUGUAGGGAAGAGAGAACAGAGAGUAUGAACGUAAGGCUCAAAGGUCCAUGAAGGGACCCACAGCUCUGCACUGCCUCGCAGCCCCACUACUCACCCCAAAGUGCCCACUGCCUUCCCAUGUAUUUGCCAAAGAGCGGGCAGAGGACGAUGCGCACUGCCAAAUCUAU